CUGAGCCACCAUGGGGCUGCCACUAGCUCGCCUGGUGGCUGUGUGCCUAGUCCUGGCCUUAGCCAGGGCCUCGGAGCUCCAAAGAGAAGCCAGAACCCGAAACCAUGUCUGCAGCACCUGGGGCGACUUCCACUACAAAACCUUUGACGGUGAUGUCUUUCGAUUCCCCGGCCUCUGUGAUUACAACUUUGCUUCCGACUGUCGAGACUCCUACAAGGAAUUUGCUGUGCACCUGAAGCGGGGCUUGGACCCGGCUGGGGGUCACCCCCGGAUAGAGUCCAUCCUAAUUACCAUUAAGGACGACACCAUCUACCUCACCCACAAGCUGGCAGUGGUGAAUGGGGCCAUGGUCAGCACCCCGCACUACAGCUCCGGGCUCCUCAUUGAGAAGAAUGAUGCCUACACCAAGAUCUACUCCCGUGCUGGCCUCUCCCUCAUGUGGAACCGGGAAGACGCACUCAUGCUAGAGCUGGACAGCCGGUUCCAGAACCACACCUGUGGCCUCUGUGGGGACUUCAAUGGCAUGCAAACCUAUAAUGAGUUCCUCAGUGAAGGCAUACAAUACAGUGCCAUUGAGUUUGGGAACAUGCAGAAGAUCAACAAGCCUGAGGUUGAAUGUGAGGACCCCGCGGUGGAGCAAGAGCCAGAGUCCUGCUCUGAGCACCGAGCUGAGUGUGAGAGGCUGCUGACCUCCACAGCCUUCGAGGACUGCCAGGCCCGGGUGCCCGUGGAGUUGUAUGUGCGCGCCUGCAUGCAGGACCGCUGCCAGUGUCCUCAGGGCGGCGCCUGCGAGUGCAGCACCCUUGCUGAGUUCUCCCGCCAGUGCUCCCACGCAGGCGGCCGACCUGAGAACUGGAGGACUGCCUCACUCUGCCCCAAGAAGUGCCCUGGUAACAUGGUGUACCUGGAGAGCAGCUCUCCCUGCGUGGAUACCUGCUCACAUCUGGAGGUCAGCAGCUUGUGCGAGGAGCACUACAUGGAUGGCUGUUUCUGCCCAGAAGGCACUGUAUAUGAUGACAUCACGGGCAGUGGCUGUGUCCCUGUGAGCCAGUGCCACUGCAAGCUGCAUGGGCACCUCUAUAUGCCAGGCCAGGAGAUUACCAAUGACUGUGAGCAGUGUGUCUGCAAUGCUGGUCGCUGGGUGUGUGAAGACCUGCCUUGCCCUGAGACCUGUGCCCUGGAAGGUGGCUCCCACAUCACCACCUUUGAUGGAAAAAAGUUUACCUUUCAUGGGGACUGCUACUAUGUCCUGACCAAGGGCAGCCACAAUGACUCCUAUGCCCUCCUGGGUGAGCUGGCCCCCUGCGGCUCUACAGACAAGCAGACCUGCCUGAAGACUGUGGUGCUGCUGACUGACAACAAGAAGAACGUGGUGGCCUUCAAAUCAGGUGGCAGCGUGUUACUCAACGAGCUGGAGGUGACCCUGCCCCAUGUGGCAGCGAGCUUCUCCAUCUUCCAACCCUCCUCCUACCACAUUGUUGUGAACACGGUGUUCGGGCUGCGGCUACAGGUUCAGCUGGUCCCAGUCAUGCAGCUUUUUGUGACUCUGGACCAGGCUGCCCAGGGACAGGUGCAGGGUCUCUGUGGGAACUUCAACGGCCUGGAAAGUGAUGACUUCAUGACGUCUGGUGGGCUGGUGGAGGCCACGGGUGCCGGCUUCGCCAACACCUGGAAGGCCCAAUCAAGUUGCCAUGACAAGCUAGACUGGCUAGAUGACCCCUGUUCCCUCAACAUUGAGAGCGCCAAUUAUGCUGAGCACUGGUGUUCCCUGCUGAAGAGGUCGGAGACGCCUUUUGCCAGGUGCCACUUGGCUGUGGAUCCCACUGAAUACUACAAGAGGUGCAAAUAUGACACGUGCAACUGUCAGAACAACGAGGACUGCAUGUGCGCGGCUCUGUCUUCCUACGCCCGUGCCUGUGCCGCCAAGGGUGUCAUGCUGUGGGGCUGGCGUGAGCGUGUCUGCAACAAAGACCUGCAUGCUUGCCCCAGCUCACAGAUCUUCCUGUACAACCUGACCACUUGCCAGCAGACCUGCCGCUCGCUCUCAGAGGGUGACACCCACUGCCUCAAGGGAUUUGCACCUGUGGAAGGCUGUGGCUGCCCUGACCAUACCUUCAUGGAUGAGAAGGGCCGCUGUGUGCCCUUGGCUAAGUGUUCCUGCUACCACCAUGGUCUUUACCUGGAGGCAGGAGAUGUGAUCCUGAGGCAAGAGGAGCGCUGCAUUUGCCGGAACGGGAGGCUGCAGUGCUCUCAGGUCAAACUGAUCGGCCACAGCUGUCAGGCCCCCAAAAUCCUUGUGGAUUGCAACAAUUUGACUGCCCUGGCCACCCGGAAACCCCGCGCCACCAGCUGCCAGACACUGGUGGCUGGUUAUUACCACACAGAGUGCAUCAGUGGCUGUGUGUGUCCCGAUGGGCUGCUGGAUGAUGGCCGUGGUGACUGUGUGAAGGAGGAGGAGUGUCCUUGCAUCCAUAACAAAGACCUAUACAAUCCUGGGAAGAGCAUCAAACUGGACUGUAACAACACCUGUACCUGCCAGAAAGGACGAUGGGAGUGCACCCGGUAUGCAUGCCACAGCACCUGCUCUAUCUAUGGCAGUGGCCACUACAUCACCUUCGAUGGAAAGCACUAUGACUUUGACGGACACUGCUCCUAUGUGGCUGUCCAGGACUACUGUGGCCAGAACUCUACCGGCUCCUUCAGCAUUAUCACGGAGAACGUCCCCUGUGGCACCACAGGUGUUACCUGCUCCAAGGCCAUAAAGAUCUUUAUAGGGGGAACAGAGCUGAAGUUGGUGGAUAAACAUCGCGUCAUAAAGCAGUUGGAGGAGGGGCACCAUGUGCCCUUCAUCACACGGGAAGUGGGCCUGUACCUGGUGGUGGAGGCCAGCUCUGGCAUUAUCGUUAUCUGGGACAAGAGGACCACCAUCUUCAUCAAACUGGCCCCUUCUUACAAGGGCACUGUAUGUGGUCUGUGUGGGAACUUUGAUGACCAGACCAAAAAUGACUUCACCACUCGGGACCACAUGGUGGUGACCAGUGAGCUGGACUUUGGGAAUAGUUGGAAGGAAGCUUCCACGUGCCCAGAUGUGACCCACACUCCAGACCCCUGCAGCCUGAACCCACAUCGUCGCUCCUGGGCAGAGAAGCAGUGUAGCAUUAUCAAGAGUGGUGUAUUCAAAGGGUGUCACAGCAAGGUGGACCCCACGGUCUUCUAUGAGGCCUGUGUGCAUGACUCCUGCUCCUGUGACACAGGGGGUGACUGUGAGUGUUUCUGCUCUGCUGUGGCCUCCUACGCUCAGGAGUGCACCAAGGCAGAGGCCUGUGUGUUCUGGAGGACGCCGGACCUGUGCCCUGUAUUCUGUGAUUACUACAACCCCCCAGAUGAGUGUGAAUGGCACUACGAACCAUGUGGGAACCGCACCUUUGAGACCUGUAGGACCAUCAAUGGCAUCCACUCUAACAUCUCUGUGUCCUACCUGGAGGGUUGCUACCCUCGGUGCCCUAAGGACAGGCCCAUCUAUGAUGAGGACCUGAAGAGAUGUGUGACUGAGGACAAGUGUGGCUGCUAUAUUGAGGACACUCGCUACCCACCCAAUGCAUCUGUUCCCACUGAGGAGAUCUGCAAGUCUUGUAUAUGCACCAACACCUCAGAAAUCAUCUGCUAUCCAGACGAAGGGAAGAUUCUUAACCAGACCCAGGAUGGUAUCUUCUGCUACUGGGAGUUCUGCGGCCCCAAUGGGACAGUGGAGAAACACUUCAAUAUUUGUGUCUCUUCCACGCCACCCCCAUCCACCCUGACAAGCUUCACCACAAUCUCCACCCCUACCCCCAUCUCCACCACCACCACCACAACCACCAUCACUGCCAGUACCCCCACUGCCACCGCCAGUACCCCCACUGCCACUGCCAGUACCGCCACUGCCACUACCACAGUCACGAUGACCACUACUGAAGUACCAUGCUGCUACUGGUCUGACUGGAUCAACAACAACAGUCCUAGCGAUAGCAAUGAUGGUGAUCGAGAGACCUUCGACAGCGUCUGUAGUGCUCCUAAGGACAUUCAAUGCAGGUCAGCCACAGAGCCCAAACUCAGCUGGGAGCAGCUGGGCCAGAAGGUACAGUGUAAUGCCUCAGUUGGGUUCAUUUGCCAUAAUGAAGACCAGUAUGGAAACGGAGACGGAGUAUUUGGACGUUGCUAUGACUAUGAGAUACGAGUCUACUGUUGCUAUCCAAGGGAGUACUGUACUACUCCAACCACCUCACCUACAACUUCACCAACAACUCUAUCUACCUCUUCCCCAACCACCUUACCUACAACUUCCCCACUCACUUCAUCUACUACUUCACCAACAUCCUCACCUAUCACUUCAACAGUUUCACCAAGUACCUCAACUUCCACAUCACCAACAAGCUUGCCGACCACUACAUCAAUCAUUUCACCAACCACUUCCCUGACCACUACACCAACCAUCUCAUCUACCACCUCUCCUAGCAGUUCACCAACCACCUCUGUAACAACUUCACCAACCACAUCACCAAGCACCAUUUCAUCAACCUUGCCUACCACAUUCACCACCACACCAGAACCCACUACAUGCAUUGAAGAUUGCAAGUGGACAGGCUGGAAAGAUUCUGGCAAACCCACCCAUGAUAUAGAAAGUGGAGAUUUUGAACUGAUUGGAGAUGCCUGUGAACCAGGCUGGAGAGUAGACAACAUCUCCUGCAGAGCUGUGAUGUAUUCCAACAAACCACUUGAUCAGCUAGGACAGAAAGUGAUUUGUGACAAAAAAGUUGGGCUAGUGUGCAGAAAUGCAGAACAGGAAAUAGGAGGGAUCAUACCAAUGCGUGUGUGUCUCAACUAUGAAAUCAAUGUUCAGUGCUGUAGUAUAGAAUGUACAACAACCACACAAACUUCAACCACCACUACAGUGACUUCUAUCCCAACAUCUACCAGCACAGUGACUCCAACCACACCUUCUACCACCACAGAGACCUCAACUGCAACAUCUACCACACAGACCACAACACCAACACCCCGCACAAGCACCUCAACUCCAACAUCUACCACCACACAUACAACAACACCAACACCCCACACAAGCACCUCAACUCCAACAUCUACUACCACACAGACCACAACACCAACACCCCACACAAGCACCUCAAUUCCAACAUCUACUACCACACAGACCACAACACCAAAACCCCACACAAGUACCUCCACCCCAACAUCUACCACCACACAGACACCUAGUCCAACCCCCUCUACUACAGUGAGUCCAACCCCAACACCUACCACCACAGAGACCUCACCUUCAACAUCUACCACCACCCAGACCACAACACCAACACCCCACACAAGCACCUCCACCUCAACAUCUACCACCACACAGACACCAAUUACAACUCCCACCACCACAUUGACUCAAACACCAACUGCUACCACCACAGAGACCUCAACCUCAACAUCUACCACCACCCAAACCACAACACCAACACCCCACACAAGCACCUCUACUCCAACAUCUAACACCACUGGGACACCUAGUCCAACCCCCUCUACUACAGUGACUCCAACCCCAACUGCUACCCCCACAGAGACCUCACCUGCAACAUCUACCACUACACAGACCACAACACCAACAACCUCCCCAAGCACCUCCACCUCAACAUCUACCACCACACAGACACCAAUCACAACACCAAGUACCACAAUGACUCCAACUCCAACAGCUACCACCACAGAGACCUCAACCUCAACAUCUACCACCACACAGACCACAACACCAACACCCUCCCCAAGUACCUCCACCUCAACAUCUACCACCACACAGACACCAAUUACAACCCCCACUACCACAGUGACUCCAACCCCAACUACUACCACCACAGAGACCUCAACCACAACAUCUACCACUACACAGACCACAACACCAACACCCCAGACAAGCACCACAACUCCAACAUCUACUACCACACAUACAACAACAUCAACACCCCACACAAGCACCUCAAUUCAAACAUCUACUACCACACAGACCACAACACCAACACCCCACACAAGUACCUCCACCCCAAAAUCUACCACCACACAGACACCUAGUCCAACCCCCUCUACUACAGUGAGUCCAACCCCAACACCUACCACCACAGAGACCUCACCUUCAACAUCUACCACCACCCAGACCACAACACCAACACCCCACACAAGCACCCCCACCUCAACAUCUACCACCACACAGACACCAAUCACAACACCCACUACCACAGUGACUCCUACACCAACUGCUACCACCACAGAGACCUCAACGUCUACCACCACCCAGACCACAAUGCCAACACCCUCGCCAAGCACCUCCACUCCAACAUCUACCACCACACAGAUCCCAACACCAACACCCUCCCCAAGCACCUCCACUUCAACAUCUACCACCACUGGGACACCUAGUACAACCCCCUCUUCUACAGUGACUCCAACACCACCACGGACCACCACAGAGUCCUCAACCUCAACAUCUACCACCACCCAGACCACAACACCAACACCCUCGCCAAGCACCUCCAUUCCCACAUCUACCACCACUGAGACACCUAGUCCAACCCCCUCUACUACAGUGACUCCAACCCCAACACCGACCACCACAGAGACCUCAACUUCCACAUCUACUAUCACAGAGACCACAACACCAACACCUUCCCCAAGCACCUCCACCUCAACAUCUACCACCACACAGACACCAAUCACAACCCCCACUACCACAGUGACUCCAACCCCAACUGCUACCACCACAGAGACUUCAAUCUCAACAUCUACCACCACCCAGACCACAACACCAACACCCUCCCCAAGCACCUCCACUCCAACAUCUACCACCACUGGGACACCUAGUCCAAACCCCACUACCACAGUGACUCCAACCCCAACUGCUACCACCACAGAGACCUCAACCUCAACAUCUACCACCACACAGAUCACAACACCAACACCCUCCCCAAGCACCUCCACCUCAACAUCUACCACCACUGGGACACCUAGUCCAACCCCCUCUACUACAGUGACUCCAACACCAACAUCGACCACCACAGAGACCUCAACUUCCACAUCUACUAUCACAGAGACCACAACACCAACACCUUCCCCAAGCACCCCCACCUCAACGUCUACCACCACACAGACACCAAUUACAACCCCCACCACCACAGUGACUCCAACCCCAACUGCUACCACCACAGAGACUUCAACCUCAACAUCUACCACCACACAGACACCAAUCACAACACCAAGUACCACAAUGACUCCAACAGUUACCACCACACAGACCACAACACCAACACCCCACACAAGCACCUCCACCUCAACAUCUACCACCACACAGACACCAAUCACAACCCCCACUACCACAGUGACUCCUACACCAACUGCUACCACGACAGAGACCUCACCCUCAACAUCUACCACCACCCAGACCACAACACCAACACCUUCCACAAGCACCUCUACUCCAACAUCUACCACCACUGGGACACCUAGUCCAACCCCCUCUACUACAGUGACUCCAACCCCAACACCGACCACCACAGAGACCUCAACUUCCACAUCUACUAUCACAGAGACCACAACACCAACAACCUCCCCAAGCACCUCCACCUCAACAUCUACCACCACACAGACACCAAUUACAACCCCCACCACCACAGUGACUCCAACCCCAACACCUACCACCACAGAGACCUCACCUGCAACAUCUACCACCACACAGACCACAACACCAACAACCUCCCCAAGCACCUCCACCUCAACAUCUACCACCACACAGACACCAAUCACAACCCCCACCACCACAGUGACUCCAACCCCAACUGGUACCACCACAGAGACCUCAACUUCAACACCCCACACAAGCACCUCCAUUCAAACAUCUACCACCACACAGACCACAACACCAACACCCUCGCCAAGCACCUCCACUCCAACAUCUACCACCACUGGGACACCUAGUCCAACCCCCUCUACUACAGUGACUCCAACCCCAACUGGUACCACCACAGAGACCUCAACUUCCACAUCUACUACCACAGAGACCACAACACCAACAACCUCCCCAAGCAUCCCCACCUCAACAUCUACCACCACACAGACACCAAUCACAACCCCCACCACCACAGUGACUCCAACCCCAACUGCUACCACCACAGAGUCCUCAACUUCCACAUCUACUAUCACAGAGACCACAACACCAACACCCUCCCCAAGCACCUCCACCUCAACAUCUACCACCACACAGACACCAAUUACAACCCCCACUACCACAGUGACUCCAACCCCAACUGCUACCACCACAGAGACCUCAACCUCAACAUCUACCACCACACAGAUCACAACACCAACACCCUCCCCAAGCACCUCCACCUCAACAUCUACCACCACUGGGACACCUAGUCCAACCCCCUCUACUACAGUGACUCCAACCCCAACACCUACCACCACAGAGACCUCAACUUCCACAUCUACUAUCACAGAGACCACAACACCAACACCCUCCCCAAGCAUCCCCACCUCAACAUCUACCACCACACAGACACCAAUCACAACCCCCACCACCACAGUGACUCCAACCCCAACUGCUACCACCACAGAGACUUCAACCUCAACAUCUACCACCACACAGACACCAAUCACAACACCAAGUACCACAAUGACUCCAACAGUUACCACCACACAGACCACAACUCCAACACCCUCCCCAAGCACCUCCACCUCAAUAUCUACCACCACACAGACACCAAUCACAACCCCCACUACCACAGUGACUCCUACACCAACUGCUACCACAACAGAGACCUCACCCUCAACAUCUACCACCACCCAGACCACAACACCAACACCCUCCACAAGCACCUCCACUCCAACAUCUACCACCACUGGGACACCUAGUCCAACCCCCUCUACUACAGUGACUCCAACCCCAACACCGACCACCACAGAGACCUCAACUUCCACAUCUACUAUCACAGAGACCACAACACCAACAACCUCCCCAAGCACCUCCACCUCAACAUCUACCACCACACAGACACCAAUUACGACCCCCACCACCACAGUGACUCCAACCCCAACACCUACCACCACAGAGACCUCACCUGCAACAUCUACCACCACACAGACCACAACACCAACACCCUCCCCAAGCACCUCCACCUCAACAUCUACCACCACACAGACACCAAUCACAACCCCCACCACCACAGUGACUCCAACCCCAACUGGUACCACCACAGAGACCUCAACUUCAACACCCCACACAAGCACCUCCAUUCAAACAUCUACCACCACACAGACCACAACACCAACACCCUCCCCAAGCACCUCCACCUCAACAUCUACCACCACUGGGACACCUAGUCCAACCCCCUCUACUACAGUGACUCCAACCCCAACACCGACCACCACAGAGACCUCAACUUCCACAUCUACUAUCACAGAGACCACAACACCAACACCCUCCCCAAGCACCUCCACCUCAACAUCUACCACCACACAGACACCAAUCACAACCCCCACCACCACAGUGACUCCAACCCCAACUGGUACCACCACAGAGACCUCAACUUCAACACCCCACACAAGCACCUCCAUUCAAACAUCUACCACCACCCAGACCACAACACCAACACCCUCGCCAAGCACCUCCACUCCAACAUCUACCACCACUGGGACACCUAGUCCAACCCCCUCUACUACAGUGACUCCAACCCCAACUGGUACCACCACAGAGACCUCACCUGCAACAUCUACCACCACACAGACCACAACACCAACAACCUCCCCAAGCACCUCCACCUCAACAUCUACCACCACACAGACACCAAUCACAACCCCCACCACCACAGUGACUCCAACCCCAACUGCUACCACCACAGAGACUUCAACCUCAACAUCUACCACCACACAGACACCAAUCACAACACCAAGUACCACAAUGACUCCAACAGUUACCACCACACAGACCACAACUCCAACACCCUCCCCAAGCACCUCCACCUCAACAUCUACCACCACACAGACACCAAUCACAACCCCCACCACCACAGUGACUCCUACACCUACUGCUACCACCACAGAGACCUCACCCUCAACAUCUACCACCACCCAGACCACAACACCAACACCCUCGCCAAGCACCUCCAUUUCCACAUCUACCACCACUGAGACACCUAGUCCAACCUCCUCUACUACAGUGACUCCAACCCCAACACCGACCACCACAGAGACCUCAACUUCCACAUCUACUAUCACAGAGACCACAACAUUGACAACCUCCCCAAGCACCUCCACCUCAACAUCUACCACCACACAGACACCAAUUAUAACCCCCACCACCACAGUGACUCCAACCCCAACUGGUACCACCACAGAGACCUCAACUUCAACACCCCACACAAGCACCUCCAUUCAAACAUCUAUCACCACACAGACCACAACACCAACACCGUCCCCAAGCAGCUCCACCUCAACAUCUACCACUACACAGACACCAAGUCCAACCCCAAGUACCACAGUGAUUCCAACUCCAACAUCUACCACCACAGAAACUUCAACCUCAACAUCUACCACCACACAGACGACAACACCAACACCCUCCCCAAGCACCUCCAUUCCAACAUCUACCACCACUGGGACACCUAGUCCAAACCCCACCACCAUUGUGACUCCAACCCCAACACCGACCACCACAGAGACCUCAACAUCCACAUCUACCACUCCCCAGACGACAACACCAACACCCAACACGAGCACUUCCACCUCAACAUCUACUACCACACAGACACCUAGUACAACCCCCACUACCACAGUGACUCCAACUCCAACCUCUACCAUCCCAGGGACACCAACUCCAGCCUCUACUACCACACCAAUCCCACCCUCAUCCUCUACUUUGACUACCACCACCACUACCACCACACAUUACACAACCCCAACAGCCACUGUCAUAAUCACAGAGACUCCAACCCCAUCUCCCACCCCUUCAGAAACCCCAACUCCACCCUCUACCUCUACUGAAAGCACAACCCCAACAUCUUCUACUAGUCAAACCCCAACCCCCAAACCCACCACAACCAAAGAGAUCUUUACUUCUACAAACACAGUACCUACUACAGGACCAACUUCUUCCAAACCUCCAACCAAGCCAUCAACGCCUGUGACCACUGUGUCCACUUCUCCCCCACCCUCGGAGGGGGUCGUCACCGUUCAAAGCACCCCUGUAACUACCAUAGCAACAUCUAGCACAGCAUCGUCACCUGGAACAACAUCACCAUUCAUCACUCCAUCAGUGGGCAGCACACCCUCUUCACCUCCAGGAUCAACACCAGGACCUACCACAACUCCUGGUGUGUCUACCUCCUCAAAGACCACAACAGUGCCAACUUCAACCACCACCAGACCACCCUCCACAUCCACCCCUACAUCCCCCACUGUGCCAGUGUCUACCACGGAAACCGUCACCCAGACAAGGCUCUCAUCAACCACACCAACUACUUUGGAGACCACCAGGACCUCCUCUUGGGGGACAGUCUCAGUCUCCCCAAUCACCUCUCCCAGCACCGCCUGGGUCAGCACUGCCACCGUGGUUACCUGCUGUGUUUUGAAUGGAACAUUCUAUGGCCCAGGUGAACUGGUCUACAACAAUACCCUUGGGGACACGUGUUAUUAUGUGAACUGCUCUUUGGAUUGCAUAGUCCAGUUCUUCAAUUGGUCCUGUCCAUCUACUCCCUCAACUUCUACACCCUCAACACCCACAUCCCCUCUGACGACCACACCUUCCACACCAUCUACCACGUCUUCAAAGUCGACACCCUCCACGCCAAAAUCCACAACAUCCAAGUCAACAACCAGCACUCCAACCACAACCCCCAUCUUUGAGUGCCAAGACUUUGAUCCUCCUAGACAGGUGAAUGAGACCUGGUGGCUGUGUAACUGUACCAUGGCCAUUUGCAAGUAUGACAACGUGGUAGAGAUUGUGGAAAAGGAGUGCAACCCCCCACCCAUGCCCACCUGUUCCAACGGCCUCAAGCCCGUGCGCGUCACUGAUCCUGAUGGCUGCUGCUGGCACUGGGAGUGUGACUGCUACUGUACCGGCUGGGGAGACCCGCACUUUGUCACCUUCGAUGGGCUCUACUACAGUUACCAGGGUAACUGUACCUACGUGCUGGUGGAGGAGAUUAUCUCCAAAGUGGACAACUUUGGGGUCUAUAUUGACAACUACCAUUGCGAUGUCAAUGACCAAGUGUCCUGUCCCCGCACACUAAUUGUGCGCCAUGAGACCCAGGAAGUGCAAAUCAAGACUGUGCACAUGAUGCCCAUUGAGGUGCAGGUGCAGGUGAACAAGCAGGUAGUGGCUCUGCCCUACAAGAAGUAUGGGCUGCAGGUAUACGAAUCUGGCAUCAACUUUAUGGUGGACAUCCCCGAGCUGGGUGCCCAGAUCUCCUACAACGGUCUGUCUUUCUCCAUCCGGCUGCCCUACCGCAUGUUUGGCAACAACACAAAGGGCCAGUGUGGCACCUGCACCAACAAUACUGCAGAUGACUGUAUCCUACCCAGCGGGGAGAUCAUCUCCGACUGUGAAGCUGCAGCUGACCAGUGGUUGGUGAUUGACCCCUCCAAGCCACGCUGUCCUCACAAUGACUUCACCACCAAGCGCCCAGCCAUCACGACAGCAGGGCUCUUGCCCAAGAACUGCACUGCGUCUCCUAUCUGCCAGCUCAUCAAGGACAGCCUGUUUUCCGAGUGCCAUCCUUUCGUGCCUCCCAAGCACUACUACGAAGCCUGCCUGUUUGAUAGCUGCUAUGUGCCUGGCUCUGGUAUGGAGUGUGCCAGUGUACAGGCCUACGCAGCCCUCUGUGCCAAGGAAGGUGCCUGCAUUGACUGGCGGAACCAUACCCAGGGGGCCUGCUCUGUGGAGUGUCCAUCUCACAGGGUGUACCAGGCCUGUGGCCCUGCAGAAGAACCCACUUGCCAGUCCAGCCCCUCCCAGAAUUCCACACUCUUGGUGGAAGGCUGCUUCUGUCCUGAAGGCACCACCAAGUUUGCCCCUGGCUAUGACGUCUGUGUGAAGACUUGUGGCUGUGUGGGACCCGACUAUGUGCCCAGAGAGUUUGGAGAGCGCUUUGAGUUUGACUGCAAGGAGUGUGUUUGCCUAGAGGGUGGCAGUGGCAUUGUCUGCCAGGCCAAGAAAUGUGCUGGGGAGACCCAGACCACAUGCGAGGAGGAUGGCACCUACCUUGUCGAGGAGGUCAACCCAGAUGACAAGUGCUGCAACAUUACUUCAUGCAAAUGCGACCCCAAAUUGUGCAAAGCAGAACGCCCCUCAUGCUUGCUGGGAUUCGAAGCGAAGAGCCAGCAUGUGCCUGGAAAGUGCUGUCCAGUUUACUCCUGUGAACCCAAGGGUGUGUGUGUGCACCAGAACGCUGAAUACCAGCCUGGAUCUCCAGUGCAUUCCACCAAGUGCCAGGACUGUGUAUGCACCGACACCAUGGACAACGACACUCAGGUCAACAUCAUCUCCUGCACCCAUGUGCCCUGCAACAUCUCCUGCAGCUCCGGCUUUGAACUUGUGGAGGUCCCCGGGGAGUGCUGCAGGAAGUGCCAACAGACCCACUGCAUCAUCGAGGGGCCCAACCAGCAGUACCUCAUCCUGAAGCCUGGGGACUUAGAGAAAAACCCCAACGACAAGUGUUCCUUCUUCAGCUGCAUAAAAAUCAACAACCAGCUCAUCUCCUCUGUCUCCAACAUCACCUGCCCAGACUUCAACCCCAGUGAUUGUGUUCCGGGUUCCAUCACGUACAUGCCUAACGGCUGCUGUCAGACAUGCAUCCCUAAAAACCACACCGCAGCCCCUUGCUCCACCACCCCUGUCAUGAAGGAGAUUUCUCAUAAUGGCUGCACCAAGAACGUCUCCAUGAACUACUGUUCCGGCUCCUGCGGGACCUUUGCCAUGUACUCCACCCAUUUCCAGGAUCUGGAUCACAAAUGUUCUUGCUGCAAGGAAGAAAGGACCAGCCAGCGCCAGGUGACCCUGGAAUGUCCAGACGGCAGUGAGCUGAGCCAUACCUACACACACAUUGAGAGCUGUCUGUGCCAGGACACCGUCUGUGGGCUCCCGCAGCGAGUCCGGCGUUCCAGUCCCCGAUUUCUGGGAAGGAAGUGAAUGGGUUCUACUGUACACAUCCCUUCCCAUCCUGUGCCAUCCUGCUGACUCUCUGAGCUUCCUCCACUUCUAGCUUGGCUUCUUCUCUGCAGAUAUUUAUUUUCAGAGUUUCUGUUCCAUUCUUUGCUUUCUGAUAAUAAACUCAGGCAUAGCCACUC